AUUCUGUCCACAGGAGCUCUGUUGAGGCCGUUCUGCUGCCCCGACUGCGGACGCUCGUAUUCCCGCAAGGAUAACCUCACAAGACACAAGAAGCUCGAGUGUGGGAACGAUCCUCAGUACCCUUGUCGCCACUGUCCCUACAGGGCGAAGCGGAAGAACCAUUUGUUGAAUCACAUGGUUCUAAGACACCCUGCGACUAUCCCUGAUCAACAACCACUUCUCUAGUCAGUUUUAGCCGUAAAUUUCAAAUUAUAUUUUUUUAAUAAACGUUGUUUUUAACACGUCUGUAAA